GCUUUCCUACUCCGACAUCAGAAGUGGGAUAGCUCCAGCGAUCCCCUUUCUGCCCCGGUCAUAACAUUUUUUCAGAUCCUGACGUUAAACCAAACCCUACGGCUACGUUAUGAGUGACACCGAGCGAAAUACUUCUGCAGCGAGUGCAACGAUACAAGCGGACGUGACCGGUGUUUCCAGGUCGCCACCUUCAGCACCGAUAGAAACCUGUGCAGGCCCGUCUCAACAAGGCGCACCUACAGCUACGGUACUCCAACAGCAGCCCGGUGAUGUACCACCUAAUUUUUUCUUACAAAUGAUGAAUGUUAUGCAAAAUAUGAGUGAUAGGCUACUAAAUCAACAGCAAUCUGACAGAGUUAAAAUUACUGACGUUUUCCUACCUUCCUAUGAUCCCGAUGGAAACGUUGGGGUCCGUGAAUGGUGUAACCACAUUUCAACGGCUAAAAACACCUAUCAGCUAACUGAUUACGAUUUACGAAUGAAAGUGACAAGCUUAUUGAGGGGUCGUGCUAAAGUAUGGGCUGAUAACUGGCUUGUGACCACCAGUACCUGGGACGAGCUGCGGCAAAUAAUUAUUACUACUUUUGAACCUGAAUCUCGCUAUUCGAGAGACGUACUUAAAUUCAGAGAGCAUACCUAUGAUUCUUCUAAAGAUAUUGCCGAAUUCUUAACUCAAUCGUGGAUUUUAUGGAGACGCGUAACUAAGGAUAAGUUAGAUAACAGUGAUGCUGUUGAAGCUGUUCUUGGUACUAUCGGUGACGAACGUCUUAGAAUAGAGUUAAUGAACGCAAGAGCUACCUCAGUGCCAGAAUUAAUUUCGGUUGCUUCAUCUAUCCGUAGUAAACGUUCAAGUCAACUUAGGGUCGAUCAACCUCUCCAAAAACGUGCGCGAUAUACAAUUGACCAUAGGCAUACUGCGCAAUAUUGUAAUUUUUGUAAAAGAACUGGUCACACGUUGAAUAAUUGUCGUAAUAAGAAAUCUGCUGACUUAAAUUUAAUCAAUGACAAAAACGCAGCCAAUCCUCAAAGUGGUAGACCUCACAAUAUUAAACACUGCUCGUUUUGCGGUAAACCAGGUCACGUGUUUGAUACUUGCUUUCGGAGAGAAAAGGAGAUUUCUUCUAAUGUAAACUCACUCGCAAAUAAAGGAAAUACUUUAAAUGUAAUGCGUAUGAGUGUCUGUGGAAAACUUAUUAACACGGUAUUUGAUAGCGGUGCGGAAUGCUCGGUCAUGCGAGAAUCCGUUGCGAAUAAGUUACCCGGGCGUAGAUGUCAAAUAGUCACAUACCUACGAGGCAUAGGUCCAUUUCCCAUUAUUUCCACGUCCACGCUGAAAGCAGUGUGCAUAAUCGACGACGUUAACGUAGAGAUAUUGUUUUAUAUUCUACCUGACCACGACAUGACAACAGAUGUUUUAAUUGGAGCAGACAUACUACAUAGUUCUGGUCUUAGUGUAAUCGUAACUAGAGAAAGAGCAAGACUUUGUUAUAAUCCUUGUAUUCAAUACAUACAGUCAAAGAGCCCCUUAUUUGAGAAAAUUGACCACGACUUGACUGACGAACAUCAAAUCAACCAACUCCUUACUUUAUUGUACAAAUAUUCUGAACUUUUCACACGUGGGUAUUCAAAAACGCGCGUUAAAACCGGCGAAUUAGAAAUCCGUUUGAAAAAUAAAGAUAAAUAUGUUGAGCGAAGGCCUUACAGACUCAGUCCAGUCGAACGCACAAAGGUCAAAGACAUUGUGGAGGAACUCAUCAAAGCCAAUAUAGUGCGUGAGAGCAGAUCACCUUAUUCCAGCCCAAUAAUUCUAGUAAGAAAGAAAAAAAUGGAGACGACCCAUCUCCAAAUGUCUGACUUGGCUGUAAAAGACAAGCAAAGAUUCGAUAGAGGUCGCGCACAAAUUCACAAAUUCCAGCGCGUCGACUUUGUACUAAUAAAAAAUAAUCCUAGAAACCAAACAUCCCUUGACCUCAAAUUUAGUGUCCCUUAUGAAAUAUACAGAGUUUUAGAAAAUGAUCGCUACCUCGUGAAAAAGGUAGUAGGUCAUUACGGUCGACCACGCAAGGUCGCUCACGAUCAGCUGAGGCGAGCGCCGCAGCCAGCAGCCGGCGCCCAGGCGGCCGUGUCACCUGUAACAUGGAGCAAUGCAGAGCACGCAUUGCACAUCAGAAUGGCCGUGUCGCCGCAGCUACAUUAUAACCCACAAAUUAAAAAUAAGGAGAUGAAUGACGCAUCUGCUGUUGAUUUACCAUAUUGA